CCCAGCCAGCACCGCGAGCAUGAGCGGCGGUAGCGGGGCCGGGCGGGGCGAGCCCCGGAGGCCGGGCUGGGCCGGGACCCUCCUGGGCACCGGGGAGCUGCUGCUGCUGCUGUUCGUGUGGCUGGGCCCCCUGAGCUGCCACGGGGUGGCCGGGGACAACGAAGUCAACGCCGAGAACUGGCUGCGCUUCUAUGGCUACCUGCCCCAACCCAGCCGCCAGAUGUCCACCAUGAGGUCCGCCCAGAUCCUAGCGUCGGCCAUCUCCGAGAUGCAACGCUUCUACGGGAUCACCGUCACGGGCGUGCUGGACGAGGAGACCAAAACGUGGAUGAAGCGGCCUCGCUGUGGGGUGCCAGACCAGUUUGGGGUGCGGGUGAAAGCCAACAUGCGGCGGAAACGUUACGCUCUCACCGGGAGGAAAUGGAACAGCCACCACCUGACCUUCAGCAUCCAGAACUACACAGAGAAGCUGGGCUGGUACAACUCCCUGGAGGCCGUCCGGCUGGCCUUCCGAGUGUGGGAGCAGGCCACGCCCCUGGUCUUCCAGGAGAUCCCCUACGAGGACAUCCGGACCCGGCGGCAGAAGGAGGCCGACAUCAUGGUGCUCUUUGCCUCCGGUUUCCAUGGCGACAGCUCCCCCUUCGACGGCGUGGGGGGCUUUCUGGCCCACGCUUACUUCCCCGGGCCCGGCAUGGGCGGAGACACCCAUUUUGAUGCUGAUGAGCCCUGGACCUUCUCCAACACUGACCUACACGGAAACAACCUCUUCCUGGUGGCUGUGCAUGAGCUGGGCCAUGCCCUGGGGCUGGAGCACUCCAACAACCCCAGCGCCAUCAUGGCACCCUUCUACCAGUGGAUGGACACGGACAACUUCCAGCUGCCCGAAGAUGACCUCAGGGGCAUCCAGAAGCUCUAUGGUACUCCAGACGGCCAGCCUCAGCCGACCCGGCCCCUUCCUACCGUCCCACCCCGACGCCCAGGCCGGCCUGACCACCGGCCACCCAGACCGCCGCCGCCGCCUCCGGGGGGGAAGCCAGACCAACCCCCCAAACCAGGGCCUCCUAGCCAGCCACGAGCCACAGAGAGACCGGACCAGUACGGCCCCAACAUCUGUGACGGCAACUUUGACACUGUGGCCAUGCUGAGAGGGGAAAUGUUUGUGUUCAAGGGCCGCUGGUUCUGGAGGGUCCGGCACAACCGGGUGCUGGACAACUACCCCAUGCCCAUCGGGCACUUCUGGCGGGGGCUGCCCAGCGACAUCAGUGCUGCCUACGAGCGUCAGGAUGGGCGUUUUGUGUUCUUCAAAGGGGACCGGUACUGGCUCUUCCGGGAAGCCAACCUGGAGUCCGGCUACCCCCAGCCUCUCACAAGCUACGGGCUGGGCAUCCCCUACGACCGCAUUGACACGGCCAUUUGGUGGGAGCCCACAGGACACACCUUUUUCUUCCAGGAGGACAGGUGAGUGAGCAGUCCCCCAGA